AUGACUUCUUCGCAGCCCGCUGACCCAUACAAGGCCAAGAACAAGGAUGAGCCCGGCCUCGAAGAGAAGAUCACCGAGCUCAAUGCCUUCGUCAAGUCCUCCAAGUUUGGCAUGAUGACCACCCGCAUUGCAGACUCGGGACUGCUUGUUUCUCGCUGCAUGGCGUUGGCUGCACAGGCAUCUGGUGGCAUCGACCUCAUCUUCCACACCAACACUCACUCUGGCAAGACCUCGGACCUCGACUCUGAUUCCCACGUCAACAUCGCCUUCCUCGACAGUUCUGGCUCGUGGGCUUCCAUUUCCGGCACGGCCAACGUCAGCGAUGACCGCAGCCUGGUGAAGCAGUACUAUACCCCGACGUUGAAGACGUGGCUGGGUGACCUUGGUGACGGCACGCAUGACGGCAGUGAGAACGACCCUCGCAUCGGUAUCAUCAAGGUCAAAGCCGUCACGGCCACCUACGCCGUCGCCAAGGGUACCUUCCUGGGAAGAGGCGUGGAGAUGGUCAAGGGCGCGAUCACCGGCGAUGUGGCACAUGUCAACGAUCUCAGAGAGAUCAGCGAAGAGGAAAUGAAACAAUGGAGAAGUAGCCAUUGA